AUGUUUCCACCUCUGAGCCAGAUCCUCAAGUCCCUCUGCUGCAGCUCUUCCCAUCAGCAGGAGGUCCAGUCCUGUUUGACUGCAGCUGUUGGGACUGUCCAGAUCAUGGUGGGUUUGUUUAAUAUCGGACUUGGGCCGGGAAGAACGAGCACACGCCCCGGGGAUUUUAGCAGCCUGGGAGCUGCCUACUGGCUGGGCGCUGUGUUUAUUGUAACUGGAAUUAUGUCCAUCUUGGCAGGCCAGUUCCCGUCUUCGUGCUUGAUGGGCUUCACUGUGUUCAUGAACAUCGUCGGUGCCAUCUUCUCCAUCACUGCCAUCGCUCUGUACGUCGUCGACCUGGGAGACGCAGAUCUGCUCUGGAUCUGCGCCCGUCUCCCGUACGAUGCUGCUCCUCAUGACGACAGCUGCAGAAACGUGGCCCUGUUUGAUCAGAAUUUGCUGACAUCCAUGGACAAAACUUUGAUCACCCUGGCUCUGCUGCUGCUGGUUGUCAGCGUUCGUUUUGCUGUUUUGGGAAUCAGAUUUCUGGUCGGUGAGAUGAAGAAAGACGCGUGGAGCUCCAUCAUGAUGCUCACAUCUACGCUGCAGAUCAUGGUGGGCCUGUUCAACAUCGGGCUCGGUCCAGGACGGACAAGCAUGCAUCCUGGAGAUGUUACAAAUCUGGGAGCUGCCUACUGGCUCGGAGCUGUGGUUCUCCUCCCAGUGGGACACGCCCCAGAACCCUCCAAGGGAGGCCCCAUCCUACUCAGCCACCUGACUCACGUCUUCGGGCUCCUUUUGCUGAUGAGGAGCAGCGGCUCCACUCUGGACUCCUCCGGAGGAUGGAGCUCCUCAAAGACUGAGCCCGGCCACCUUCAGUCCAACAAAGACAACUAA